GGGGGGGGCGAGUGAGUGUGGAAUGGGGCCAGGGCAAAAGAGGAUCAUGAAGCACUGCCUGCUCCGCCGCUCGCUCGCUCGCUCCCCCCCUCAAAUCUAUCUAUCGGCUCGGCUGUGUCUCGUCUCGGAUGAAGCUUCAUGGAGGGGAAGGGGCGGCAGACUGGUCCAGGAGCAGGGUGGGAGGACCAUCUGAACGAUUGCCCCCAUUUUCUGCGGGUGUCUAAGAAUAAUGAUGAUAAUGAAGUGGGCCAUCGUGGUCUGUCCAGCCUUCAAGGUUGCGGAAGAAUCAAUCAUCCAUUCCAUCCCAUACAGAUCAGCUCCAGACUCCUUCUCAUCCUCGUCCAUCACAUUCGUAUCCCGCAUAGUGAUCUUAAUUUGUGGACCCAAGGCGGAUCGACAUAGCGCGUUCAUAAUCGACUCUUCCUCCUCCGUCGUGGAAGGGACGCACACAUUUCUGAAGGCAAAAGGCAGCGGCACAAAGUGCAUAGACUCGGAAGAUCCUCUCAUAGCUAGCUCUUCACUGGACAUUAAGACAGACUUUCAUCCUUGGAUCCACGUUUCGACAUUAGAGGUCGGAGUUGAACACAAACGGAACUCUGCUCAACCACAUAGAGUGAGUGUGUUGCACACCUUUCAAUGGGAGAUCGGCCAUCCUCAUCUUUGGUCAUCCAAUUCUGUCCUCACCGCCUCGCUUGUAUCGCUUACUUACCUCGUUCUGCCCCUCUACAGCUCAAAACCAAUCAAUCAAUCAGCUCCAUCAGAGAACCGCCCCCUUAUUUUGACAUCAUCAUCUCAUACAUCCUUUAAAGGUCCAGAUUCAAGGAGUCCAACGCUAGUCCCUCGUGGAUCGUUAUUGUUCCAACCCUGAUCAUCCCUUAUCCUUUCCUAUUUACAUAGACCUCUCAGCUCAAGACGCUCUUUCGACUCUGACCUUCCUCUCCGUCCCCGGGUCAACUUCAGACAUUAUGAUCUCGGCCAUUUCAGAGUGGACAGCCAGUGAGCUCCCGCCAGCUAUGAGAGCCGUCGGAUACUUGAUACUGGCGGCAUUGGAUGAGGUGAGCACAACGUGUAAUCGAUUUGAUAUCGUCGCUUAUCCCGCUUGCAAGGUCCCACUACCAUUCCU